GUAAGAAAGAUUUUAUUUUUAUCGACUAUUGACUAGAUAGUUUCAAUUUCAGCCACUGCAAACGCGCGCAUCAGUAAGUUAUGGAAGAGUUUCAGCAAUCGACGGCAGUAGACUUUUGUCAGUAGACGCGAUAGGUGUGUGAUUUAUGAGUGCAGAUGAGUCAGGUGUAAAGAGACAAAGUGAAAAUGGCGUAAGAGUUGCGCCAAUCUGCAAUAUUAUGUAUCUUUUUUUAUUAAAAUGUCACCCUGAACGGUGGGAACCGGUUUCAUGGCCGGUGCAGAGUAAAAAUAGUCAAUAAUUUAUUCGUAAACCUCUAGACUCCGCGAUGAGGUUUUUACAGACGAAUUGUGUGACAAGGAGUGUGUGAAAUGGUAGUGUUAGUGCUUUGGAGCAUUGUUUGACAUCAAUUGUUCACAAUCACGAAUAGUUUAAAACCAUUUAGACGAUUGCCUUAAUGUGUUAUAUCAUUUGCUAAAAGAAUAUCUUGAAUAUUAGUCCGAAAAGAAAUUAAUGAAUGCAAGACAUCAGCGAUGUCAUUAUUAAAGUGUCGAAAAUACGUCCUCGUGACAGCUUGACGACCUUCUCGACAGCGCAAGAUGGCACCACCGGCAUUUUGACAUUUCUACACAUUGAGAGCUAUCAGCUGGACUUCAUAAACAUCCCUUUUUUUUCGUAUUAUGAACAGGGAAUUUUUUGUACCUUGCACACCAUACGCAUAUCCGGUAAGUCAAGGCAUUCAUGGCAGUUUUAAGCAAAGCGGCAGUGGAUCUACCGAAGGUGUGGUGGUGAAUAGUGAACCUGGUGGCAUGGACUGCAUGCCUCUUCGACCAGGACCAUUUCACUACUUAAGUGAACAGGCUAAGUCUUUGGUCGCCCUCAAAGAGCUGCAGAAUGAGGUCGGUGCUCUUCUCGAAUUCCGGGACCUCGUCAUCGAGACGUUCCCAAACCUCAGGCACAAGAUGGCUGCUUCGGCUACGGCCUCGGUUGCGGCUUCCGUGAUGUCGUCGACGCAGAAUUCACAUACGCCAUUAGCAUUAUCAAGUCCGUCAUCACGAAGAAUAAGUGAAUGGGAGCCAGGUAAAGUUAGAAGACGAAUUGCACCACGAGAAGCUGAGACUUCAGCAACAUCGUUACCAAGAAGUAGAAGUAACUCGCAUAGCGGAGGCAGUAAAAACAGUGCAACUGUCCAAGACUCAGGAUUUAGUACCGAGACUUCGUCGAAAGACAGUGCAUCAACGGCAAUCCCUAGACCAGCUAGUCCAAAACCUAUGUUAGAUGAAGCUGAAGAUGAACUGUGGAAUCUGUUAGAUGUAAUUCAUAGAAAAGGAAUAAGACUUCGAGAGGAAGUUGAGUCACUUCAAGGCAAAUUGGAGAGUGUAGUUUGUAAUGAUUUUGUUGCUGAAGACGUGCUUGAGGCUGUGAAAAAAGUGACUGGUCAUGAAGAGUCAUCAAAUAGAAAUGACAAAGAGGAAGAAGAAGUAACGAUACUCAAAAAAGAAAAAGAGCAACUUCUUGAUAAAGUCGCAGAAUUGGAGGCUGAAACGAUAUCAAGUAGAUUGCGAGCACAAGAGUUACAGUCUGAACUAGCAGCACUGUCUGCUAUUAAGAGUGGUUUAGAAGAUCGAUUGAGAGCUGGACUGAAUGGAGAACAGGAAAUAUUAACUCCUUCAGCACAAAAAAAAUCCAUUGCUUUAGUACCAACGUCACCUCCAGAAUCACCGAAGAAAGGAGUUAACAUUAGAAGUAAAUCUUCAGCCUUUGCUUCAGUUGCUGCAGGCAAGGCACAUAAAAAUCGGUUUAGAACGAGGACGAUAGAAAAAAACGUUUUAGCUAAUGGAGCUGUGCAAUCUACUAAAGAGUUUGAUCCUGAUGUUGCUGUUCAACAAAGAAGAGUAAGAUUAGGAGCUUUAGACUCGGUUCUCAUUUCACCUACUAGAGUAGCUCAUGUAAAAAAUGUUGACUCUGAGAAAAUUGCUGCAAUUCUUCGGGAACAUUCUCCAUUAGAACUGCAGAGACAUCUCAUUACUACAACCGUCCAUAAUCAGUGCCUGCAAAAAAGGUUAGAUGAAGUCCAAAAAAGUACGGAAACCUUAUCCGAAAAAUUGUAUAAGGCUAGGGAAGAAAAUGAUGAUUUAAGGUUUCAGUUAGAAGAACGGAACAUUGAGUUGGCAGGUACACGAGCACAAGUUCGUGUAUUAGAGAGACUGAAAGAACGACCACCUACAAAGUCCGAUGUCGAUCUAGAGUCUGAAAUAGAACCUCGAUGUGAACCCUGCUGUUUAGAGCCAGGAAGUAGCACAGAGUCCGCUCGAGAUCAUCAUCAAACACUUGAAGUCAAACCGUCACCACGGAAACGGCCUCCUAGUCGAAUACCCCUGCCAGAUUCUACCAAAUCAACAGCACCCAAACCUCCGAUGUGUAAUGGCAAGAGCGACAGUCGCGAGUCUCUCAAGACUUCACUCAAGUCUCUGACAAAACCUCCAAGGGAUUCUAGUCGUGAGAGCAACACUGGCAAUAACUCCAAGACGUCGCUUUCCAAGACGAGGGACUCAAGUCGGGAAUCGUUAAAUAAAAGUCUACCUAAGAAUGGAAAGGAAUCAAGCAGAGAAUCCUUAUCAAAGUCCUCAUUACCACGCAAUAGUUCCAGUCGAGAUUCCUUAAAUAAAUCCUCGCUGUCCCGUGCUCGAGACUCUUUAGAAUCGAGCAAUAAUCAUCAUAAUCAUCUCCAGAAUAACACCCCGGGUACUCCUCCUCGACGGCCACUCGCUCCUGCUCGUCGUUCCCACAGCCUGGCUCGAGCUUCCGUCGAUACAGAUACGACUGGCAAGGUAGGACCAGCUAAGUUCGUCUUUUGGAGCAAGUGGAUGAAGUAACUCUCCAUUAAAUCGAGGCAACAAACUUCAAUAGCUCUUACUGAUCCUCCGACCUCUUGGUGUUCUUCUCAUAGUGGCUUUCAAGCUAGUGAAUCAUCUCUGUGUCCAGAUUCAUUGAAUCCAGAAAGUACAUCGAUAACUGGAUCAACGAAAGUGGAAUUCAUGAUCGGUUCACCGACCAGAAGAUUUCGACCAAAUGUUGCUUGGCAACAUCAGUAUUUCGAUAGCAUAGAUUCGGCUGCAAUGGCUGCUGAGAGUCUUUCAACUGAUGAAUUCCCUCUAAGACGUGGUGAAGCGCUUGCUGAAGACUUGGUGGUGUUUAUGCACUUACUGAAGGCCGCAGUUGGCAGCGGCAUACUUUUUCUUCCACAUGCAUUCAGACUGGCUGGCUAUGUAACGGCCUUAACAUGUAGCUUGGUGAUUGGAAUGAUAAGCUCCUAUACAGCUAUUCUUAUCGUGCAGUGCUCCCAGAUCCUUUGUAAACGUUUAAAAAAACCUUCAUUGGAUCUCGCUGAAACAAUCUCUUCGUCAUUUAUGUUUGGACCUCAAAGAUUUCGAAAGUAUGCUGUUCACAUGAAUAUCCUUACAAAUGUUCUUGUAUGCUUUAUUCAAUAUGAGACGGUUAUAAUAUACUCAAUAUACAUUGGUACGUCCGUUGAACAGAUAAUAGAAAAUUUAUUCAACGCAUCACUGAACAUUAGAAUCUACAUCCUUAUGUUUUUGCCAAUUUACUUGGCAUUAGGAUUAAUACCAAACUUCAAACAUCUCUUGCCAUUUUCCAUUUUGGGCUCGAUCUUCUUAGGACUAGGCUUGAGCAUCACUCUCUACUACUUUUUUAGUGACUUUCCCUCACCCGGAAGACUUGAGACAUAUACGGGAAUUCCCUACAUUCCUAUUUACUGCAGCAUCUUACUCUUUGCAGUACACAAUAUGACACUGAUAAUGCCCCUAGAGAAUUCAAUGAAAAAUCCUCAAAACAUGCCAAGAGUUCUCAUUUCAAGCAUGACUCUCAACACAUGCAUUUACAUGGCCUUUGGUUUUUUAGGAUACAAUAAAUAUCUUAAUGCUUGUGAUACAGUGAUAAAGAAUUUAUCAAUUGAUGACGUUGCAGCCAAAUUCGUAAAAAUUGUUGUCACAUUGUCAGUAAUGUGUACAUAUGGCCUUCAUUAUUACAUACCAGUAUGUAUUCUAUGGCCAAUAAUCAAUCAAGCAAGUGAGAGAGCAAAAAGCCAUCCUCGUCUGUAUGAGAUUCUAUUUAGAUUAGGUGGCGUAACAGUUACAACACUUUUUGCAGCUGCUAUUCCACAAAUGACACCACUUCUUGGUUUCUUAACAGCUUUAAGCAUGACCACCACUAUGUUACUAUUACCUAUCAUUGUAGAGCUCAUGACUAAAUGGCACGAUCAAGAACAUCCCUUUUUUUUCUAUUUACGUUGUGUCAAAGCUUCAUUAAUCACCUUAGUUUGGUUCAUAAUAUUUGUGUUCGGAUCGUCAGAAAAUCUGCGCAAAAUAAUCAUGGCACUUCAGAAUGGAGAUAGUAAUAAUACAUGUUGACGUAUGUCAAAAGUGUGAUUUCGAAAUUUUCCCAAAAAGGACUGAUAAAGUUUCUUAAGGGUGAUGAAAGAAAAAAUAAGAUUGCAAUACCUAAAAUAAUGAACAAGGCAAAACAAAUAAUGCCAAAAAAUGAUUGAAAUGGAAUAAAUGUAGAGUCACGUGUUUGUAUACUGAAAAAAAGUGAAAGGAAGAACGAGAUCGAGAAGGUAUAUAGACGCGAGGGACUCUCCAGAGGAGUAAGAAGGAUAAUUACACUAGGAUUUCGCAUAUGAUAGAGAAGAAUAAAGUAUUAAAGAUAGGAGGGGAAACGAGGACAAAAAGAAUUAACGGGGAGAGAAAACGAUAGAGAGGAGGUGGCGGUGAGUUGCAAGAGAAAGGGAGAGACAAAGUGUGAACGCAUAACAGAAGUUAAACGCAGUUAACGGGUUCAAAAGAACGGACGGAUUUACCUGUCCCCUCUUUCUUUCUUUUAUUCUCUCGUUAUCAUCUCGUUGUCAUUCAUACACAAUAUCCUCGACAUAUACUAUGACGUACACGCCUGUCAAUCCACUAUUCAUCACUAAA